GUAAAACUAUAGAAACUGAUAAAUAUUUUAUCCAGUCUUAUAGUCCAAGCUUGUGACUAAACAAGAAAUUAGUGUUGAGGCCUUGUCAGCUACGCAAACUCACCUUUAUAAUAUUCGGCUCUGUAAAUAUUUGUUAUUUCUUUCCAGUUUUUGUACAAAUAUGUAUCUUUCUCUUAACCUUUUCCCUUUUUUUUUUCAAAAGAAAAUCUUUCUCUUUCCUUUUUUUUUUUCAAAAGAAAAUCUUUCUUUCCUUUUCUUUUUUUCCAAUGAAAGUCUCCGUCUUUCCUUUUUUCAUUUUGUAUAUAGCCGCCCCUUUUUCUGUCUUUCUUGCCAAUCAAGCUUCAAGCUCCAAGCUCCGAUCAUGGCUGAUGCACUUGCCCUGGUUUCCAGACUGUUAGACCAACUGGACGGAAAGGAGGAAUUUACAGAGCUCACCGGAAUCCUCCGCCACAUUGAACCAGUGCUGGAGGAUGCAGAGAAGAGGCGAGUGAAAGAGGAGCGCGUGAGAGUGUGGUUGGAGAAGCUCAAAGACGUGAGCUGCGACAUCGAAGACGUGUUGGAUGAGUUGAGCACUGCCAUACCCAAAUUGGAAGAAGAAACUCAUGGAACAAAGAAAGCUUUCGUUUUGAUGAAGGUAUGCUUUUCUCGGCUUACCUCUUGCUUUUGCUGCAGUCAAUUAGUCAAUCGGGUCGGUCAACGACGUCGUAUUAAGUGUUUGAGGGAAAGACUGAGUGUGAUUUUCGCUGAGAGUCAUGGGUUCAGGUUUAGAAAGUACAGAGAGAUUGAUCAGCCGGAGAGAGUAGGAACAGGAAUUUCUACCUCCCAUAAAUUGAUUGAAGAACCGAGUUUAUAUGGUCGAGAUGAAGAUCAGAAGAUGUUAAUAAGAAAUUUGGUAUCUGAGAGUAGUGAAGAGGGUGUGGUUAGGGGGCCUGGUGUCAUCUCCAUUGUUGGUGUGGGUGGAAUUGGGAAAACCACUCUUGCACACUUAGUAUAUAAUGAUCAAAAGGUUAAAGCUCAUUUUGAUUUGAGAAUUUGGGUGUGUAAGUCGUUUUCGUCUCGUGAGUUGAGGAUUGCUGAAGAAAUUCUUCAAGUUAUUGCCCAAAAAACUAAGACAUCAAACUUGGUUGAAUUGGAAGCUUUACUCGAGAGUAUUCGUGCAUCUGUUUCAGGAAAGAAGUUCCUUCUUGUGUUGGAUAAUGUGUGGGAUCCCCGGGAUGCAGACUUUUCGAAGGGUUAUCUUCUUUGGAAGCUUUUGCGUUUUGGUGUGGCGGGCAGUAGAAUUUUGGUGACCGCAAGAACUGAGCGCAUGGCUAAGAGGAUUGGAGCAACUAGGAUGAUUCAUCUAAAUGCAUUGUCACAAGAAUCUUCUUGGUUGACAUUUAGGCAAAUUGCAUUUUUUGGAAGGGAUGCAAGUGAGUGCAAACAACUAGAAAAAAUUGGUAAGAAAAUUGUGAAGAUCUGCUAUGGCUUGCCUCUUGCGAUAAAGGUCAUCGGGGGUCUCCUGCACUUUAAGAGUAGUAGAGGAGAGUGGGAAUCUGUUUUGCGAGAGAUGAUCUGGGAAUUGGGACAUGCAAACAACAUAAGCACUUUUGACCUGCUUCUGUUUAGUUAUCAUGAUUUGUCUCCUGCACUAAGAUGUUGUUUCUCAUAUUGCGCAAUUUUUCCGAAAGAUCACGUGAUUGAGAGAGACAAUUUAAUUAAAAUGUGGAUGUCACAAGGUUUUCUUGGUCUCAGUGUUGACAGAAACAAAGAGAAGGAAAUGUUAGGUCAAGAAUACUUUAUGAACUUAGCAAUGCGGUCUUUCUUCCAGGAUUUCGAAAGAGAUUAUAAAGGAAAUAUUAUCAAAUGCAAGAUGCAUGACUUGGUGCAUCUCUUGGCCCAAUAUGUCACUAGAUAUGAAUGCUUUAUCACGGGUGUUGAUUGUGUUGAAGAGCCAGACGUUGAAAGUGCCCUUCAUUCUACUUUUGUCCAAGCACUGGGGGGUUACAUAGGAGAGCCAGACAUUAAAGGGGCUCGUCAUUCUACUUUUGUCCUAGCACCUGGGGAUGCAAUUCCUAUCUCAACGCACAACAGAAAAGGACUGCGCACCCUCUUCACUUUGUGUUCAAUGAAUGUUCCGAUAAAUCCCGGGACAUUCGUGCAUCUAACAUGUCUUAGAACAUUAAAUUUGAGUCGCUGCUGGUUCAAAGAACUACCACAGGAGGUUGGUAAGUUCAUACAUUUGAGAUAUCUCAAUUUAUCUAGUAAUGAUGAGUUGGAAAUAUUGCCGGAGACAUUGUGUGAUUUAUCGAACUUGCAAACCUUGUUGAUCAACAAUUGCAUGCAAAUUAGAAAACUACCAGAAGGGAUGGGGAAACUAGUGAACUUAAGACAUCUUCACCUUGAUUAUUGUUUUAAUCUAGAGAGUUUGCCGAGGGGAAUUGCGAAGCUGACUUCUCUUCAAACACUCGAUAUGCUUGUUGUACCAUGUGAUGAUGAGGAAGAAGCAUUUAAGCUGGGAGAUUUGAAAAAUUUGAACCUCGAAGGGUAUCUUCAUAUUUGUAGGUGUGGAAACCUACAAAAUGUGACUGCGGCUGAGAAAGUAGAACUCAUUACUAGAGGGAACCUUGUUGAUUUGAAUCUAGAUUUUGAUUGGAGUGAAGAGAGGAGACUUAAAGAUAAAAUUAUACUUGAAGCUUUACAACCACAUCCAAAUUUGGAAUCUUUAGAGAUUCGAAAAUAUCGAGGCACCACCAUAUCUCCAGAUUGGAUGCUGCGGUUAACAAAUUUGAGAAGGCUUAUCCUGCAUUCCUGCUCAGAUUGUGAGUCUUUACCUCCUUUGGGGAAACUCCCAUCCCUUGAAUCAUUGGAAAUAUGUCUUAUGAGUAGCAUGAAAAAGGUUGGGUGUGAGUUUUUGGGAAUAGAUUCUGGUGGGUCAGAGAACUCAUCUAUUAUUUCAUUCCCGAAAUUGAGGGAACUUCGAUUUUCAUCCUUGUUCAAGUGGAAUGCAUGGGUAGGGAGUGCAAGGUCCAUGAAAGGAGAUGCUUCUAUCAAAAUAAUGCCAAGUCUUCAUACCUUAGAGAUUGACUCUUGCUUUUGCAUUAAAGUGCUUCCAUACUUCCUCCGAAGAAUACCACUGCAGAAUUUGACGAUCAACAAGUGUAAAAUUCUCCAAAAACAUUGCCAAAAGGAGAAAGGAAAAGAGUGGUUCAAAAUUUCUCACAUCCCAAAUAUCAAAAUUAAUAUUUAAUGUGUUCAAAGACGACACCCUUCAAGUUACAAACACAUUGGUGAGAUGGAAGUGAAGACUUCGGAGACUUUCAGAUAUUGCACAAGAUAAUGAAGGGCAGGUUCCAGAAUAUGAAACUCUCAGUUUAAUUGAAGGACUCGACAAGUCUCAUCGGGCUGCUCUGGUAGCUUCUCCUUCCUUUGGACAUAAUUGGUUGCAACAAAUAUAGCUAGUUUUUUAAUUAUGACCGAAUAUUUUUCUUUCAAGCUACAUAAUUGUAGGGUUCUGUUGUUUUCAAUAUAUUUCUAUUAGUUUGAGGUUUAAACGAA